CUCCGAUUCCGUGCAAUGAGAGCGUAGACCGACCGAAAUGGUGUCCCUGUUGGACUCGCUCAAGCACCCCGGGACCAAGAAGGUGCUCCUGAACUCGCUCAAGUAUGUGACUUUUGCGCUGCUGCUCAAUUGGCUCCUCGACGCGGCCGCCACCGCCCUCGGCGAGGAGACCUCUUGGGGUGAGCCCUGACCGCUGCAGCAACGAUGUCCGACCGCACGCCGCGCCAAGCGCGCGUCGACCUGAGCGCGGACCCAACGAUGUCCGACCGCACGCCGUGCCGAGCGCGCGUCGACCUGAGCGCGGACCCGCUCGUCUACUUCAUCGACGACUUCGCCGACGAGGACAGCUGCGAACACCUCAUCCGCCAGGCGCGGCCGUCCCUGGGCGGCGCCGAGGUCCAGACGCGCCGCGGGAGCGCCGCGCGGACAGCGAUACGCCGCGCGUCGAGCUGCUGGCUCGCGGCGCGCGGCGACGAGGCGCUCGAGCACCUCGAGGACGCGAUCUGUGCCGAGCUCGGCGCGCCCGAGGAGCGGACCGAGUUCUUCCACGUCGUGAGGUACCGGCCGUCGACGGGCGAGCGCUACGCGGCGCACGCCGACGCCUUCGAGGCGGGCAACGCGGAGCUCGAGCGCGGCGGCCAGCGGCUGACGACCGCGCUGCUCUACCUCAGCGACGUCGGCGCCGGCGGCGCGACCGUCUUCCCCGCGCUCGGCCUGUCCGUCGCGCCGCGCCGCGGCCGGCUCCUCGUCUUCGCCAACGUCGCGGACGACACGACCGUCGACGCUAGGACGGUCCACGCGGGCGAGCCCAUCGCGGGCGACACCGAGAAGUGGAUCGCGAACAAGUGGGUCCGCGAGCGGCCCGUCCGCGCGAGGCGCGGGUCCAUGACGGCGUGCCUCUACCCCGAGCCGCCGCGGAAGCG